AGUACUUAUCAGACCAAUCCUAAUAAUAAAUCCAUUAUUGAUAUCCAAAAUAGUGAAGUUCCAUAAUUGCAUUGUGAGCUCCCUCCAAGGAACACCGCCCAAAGCCAGGAACGAUCAGUUCCUAUUGUCUAGCCUGAACAAAACAACUUUGGUAUAUUCCCUUGAGCCACCAGUUUACCCAUAAACAAAUCUAGUGUUCUCCCUUGAACCAUUGUUCUUUCCCUUUAAAAACGCCUACCCACGCUCAAGUGUUCUGAUGUCUGGAUCCAACAUCUGCAACAGUUCCACUGGGACUUCAUCUUCUCCUGACUGAUCGUGCUGGAGGCUCUGCCUGACUCCAGCACUCCAGACUCUCAGCUACCACCACCACCUGGGAUCCCUGAUUGAUUCAAGCUUCACGGAGUGAACUGCACGGCCUCUGCAUAUCCCCAGAUGAUGGCCUAUGAAGAAGCUGCCCAUCUUCACAUCACAGCUCCUUUGAAGACAUUGCACCUAGUUUUCAUGGUGCUCUGCACUCUGGCCUUCAUCCUCGGUGGGACGGGGAAUGGAAUAAUCAUCUUCAUCACCAGCUACCGGAAGAAGAAAACAGUCGAUGCCAUGUGGCACCUGAACAUGGCCAUUGCUGGAUUUAUCUUCACCGUCUUCCUGCCUUUCAUGGUGGCCCAGGUGGCCCUGGGCUUCCACUGGUAUUUGAGAAGCAUCCUGUGCAAGAUAACCAACAUUAUCACCUACCUCAGCAUGUUCUCUAGCAGCUUCCACCUCACGGCCAUCAGCGCCGACCACUGUGUCACCACAAUUUGCCCCGUGUGGGCCCAGAACCACCGCACAGUCCAUCUGGCCUCCCUGGUCACACUGGGCAUCUGGAUUCUGGCUGUCGCGGUCAGCUGGCGCUACCAUGGCCUCUGCUCUGAUCAGAGUCUCUUGUUAAGUGAGAGUGGAGAAGCAGCCGACGUCGCUACCUGGUUCCUGGUUGGGUUUCUGGUCCCACUAGCCUUGAUCAGCAUCUGCUUGGUCACCCUGGCUGCCAAACUGGGCCAGAAACGGGUGGCUUGGGCCAAGGAGCGCCUCCGGAGCUUCCUCGUCUUGAACGUCAUUUUAUUCCUCUGCUGGUCUCCGUAUCACGUCAUUGCCUUCCUGCAGACCUCACCCAAAGCAUCAUCUCCAGAGACAACGGAGUCCCUGGAAACUGGGACCGUCUUUGCUCAUGGCCUGCUCUGUUUCAACAGCUGCUUCUACCCCUUCUUCUACCUCGUCAGGCGACAGCAUUUUGUUGGCUGCAGGAGACAGAAGCGGAUCUGUCGAACCCCAGUCAAUGUGGGAUCAGAGCUGGUCGAAUCGGAGGCAGAUAGAUAGGGAGCCACUUUCCUAGAGGAGAAUAGUGAUUUUGAUUCUUUGGGGUCAUAUCAUCGGUUACUUGUGACAAUCAAUUUUUGUACUGGCCCAAUUUUUUUUGUCAGAACACCCUAUUUUCAGAAAUUGAUUUUCUUUUUUGGGUGAAAAUAAUUAGGGUUUGUUUCAGCAGCAUUUUUUGAAGCUAUUCAAAAGAAAUUAUUGUUAAAAAAUUGCAUCUCUCCGUGUCUGUAUUUUUGGUGUUUUUUCUUCCAUGGUGGGUAUUCCUCUUCUUUUGGUAGUGUCUUCAUUGCCAUUUUCAGCCAGCACUCAACUCUCCCUGUCUUCUGUGUUGUACUGAAAACUGUGUCAAACUAACAAGCUGUCACUUUCAUUCCUGAGGGGUUUCCUGGUUCAGUGGGCAAGCUCAGUAGGGGAACAUGCACAAUCAAAGUCAGUCUGCAGAAAGCCAGCUAUGGUGAGGUGACUGGUGUCUCUCUGCCUAAGGGAGCAGCCUGUUUUGUCUCUCUGUUAUUUGGUGGUCUUGUGUGGGUUCUGGAUUAUCAGAAAUAAAGUCAUGUUAUAUUGCAAAUUUCCAGCAGUCGUCUUUGAUAUUUUUCUCUAACAUCUCUUGAAUGCAACAUUUAGACAUCGGUCAAAACCAAAAGAUGAAAGCCAGCCCCAUUAAUGCCAACAGCAAAAUGCCUAUUGACUUUAGUGAGUCAGGAUUUCUUCCCAAGAUCUUUUUCAUUGUUCAGAUAUUCAUAGCUUCUCAGGCCAGAGGGGACCAUUGUGAUCAUGUAGUCUGACCUGUAUAGCAAAGGCCAAAGAACGUCUCUGAAUUAAUUCCUCGUUGAAUGACAGCAGAUCUUUGAGGGAAAAAAUCCCAUCCUGAUUUUAAAAUUGCCAAUGAUGGACUAUCUACCACGACUCUUGAGAAGUUGUUCCAAUGAUUAAUUCCCCUCACUGUUAAAAAUGUAUGACUUAUUCAGAGAAGAGCCAUGAGCAUGAUUAAAGCACAGGAAAAUUUGGCUUAUAGUGAGACACUCAAUCUAUUUAGUUUCACAAAGAGAAGUUUAAUCACAGUCAACAAGAAUCUACACCUGGAACAAAUAUUCAGCACAGGCUCUUUAAUCCAGCAGAGGAAGGUCUGUCAUGUCCAAUGGCUUAAAGUUGAAGCUAGACAAAUUCAGACUGGAAAUAAGGUGUCAAUUUUUAAUGGUGAACAUAAUUAACCAUCAGAACAAUUUACCAAUGGGUGCGAUGGAUUCUCCAUCAUUGACUAUUUUUAAAGCAAGACUGGAUGUUUUCCUAAAAGAUCUGCUCUAGGAAUUAGCUUGGGGAAACUCUAUGGACCAUACUGAGGAGGAGAUCAGAUGAGAUGAUCACUAUGACACCUCUGCACCCCAAUAGUCACUGCUGUCGUGUAAUUAGGAUAUGUAUUGUACAAAGUAUGUCUUGUGAGGUAUUGUUCUAAAAGUCUUGAUCUGCUAGACAUUAAUAUCUUGUUAUAUUGUAUGAGCUAUCAUUGUACAUGAAGUUAUGAAGUUUGGCUUUGUAUGUGUUACUGAAACAUGUUGUGAGGUUGAAAACACCCACCAGCAGCCUUUCAGGUACAACAGUAAAAAGGCCAAACAAUGUUAAUGGCUUACUGAGGAA